AUGAAUUCACAAAUUUCGAGCAGGCCAAGGUUCAGAGUUUUGCGAAGAAGGAGAAAGACCGUUCUGAACCUGCUCCUCGUGAGCUCAUUGUUGUUCACAACUGCCGAGGCCGAAAAAACAUUCGAGACGCAGAUUACUAGAUGCUAUGAGGGGGUUCCAAGCCACCUCGGCAAGUUGGUGUACACAGCCCGAAAAAGUCCUCCUGUUCACCACUAUGCGAUUUGCCAAGAUAGAAGUCCAGCUGGAGAGACUUUCAACCACAGCAACUUCCGGCUUCUUUUAGAUCACCUGGAGCAUGCAAAGAAAUUGCCUGAGAGAAUCGUGUUGCAAGAACUCAUCACCACAAAGUUUGACGACUUCAUUCCCAGAUUCUUUUUGAAGGCUCCUCUUGAGAGCAAAGUCGAGUACCGUGAGCACGAGACUGAGGAGCGCAUGGAGACCAUUUCUGAGGAAACCGAUCUGGAACAAGGUGACCGAAAUUACCAGCGCUUGGGCUGCUUCCGGAUUGAUUGCGAGAAGCUCGAAGUGAAGCGACAAGGUGUACUUUCAGAGCAAGGAGAGGUCACUUCUUUUGACAUUACAUUCAACCCAAACCCAGCGGUCUUUGACAAAAAACUUGGUGAUGGAUAUCUCUGGCGGACGAUUCAAAUUGAGUGCCCAGGGGUGAGGGAGGAACAGGUACAGUGGGAGCAGACAGGCGACGGUCUCAAAGUGAAAAUUGAGAAAUCCACAUUGGUGGAUGAGGGAGCAGUCAUACCCAUGGAGGGCUAUCCCCUACGCCAGCAGUCUGGCCGUUGGCAGAAGACUUUUGAAUUCCGCGAUGGACCUUUUGAACUCAUUGAGGAAGAAUGCUCUUUGCAGUAUGGAGUGUUGAGGCUGAUUCUAAAGAAGAGCUUGGUGAACAAGUGUGGCGGGCUGAGAAGCUUCCAAGCAUCCCAGGUUAAACCGGCUGCAUCCCCCUUACCGUCUUCCCUUCCCUCCGAGGCUGGGGGUGCGUGCCAGGCUCAAAACCCGGAUGCCCAUCCAAGCGCUCAAGAGUCCGCUGCCAUGCAAAGUGGGCUGGCCGCGGAUUUGGGGAAUCAUUGUCUCACCAGCACUUCCUGGAUUCUGACGGAUGAGGGUCCCAGGAGCGCGGUCGAGGUUGCAAAAGGUGAAGUUGCAAGUGUCACCUCUGUUGCCUUGGAGCCAGAGGCCACUGCAGAAUGCCCAGAGCCAAAAAACGGCUCGUCCCCCGCUUGA